AGAUAUAAUGCUAAAGCACACCAUCUUUGUGCUGAGAAAAACCUUGCACAAAAACUUUUUUAUGUCAGCAACAUCAAUUUGGGAGGAUGGUACAUGAUUGUAAUGAAAAAUAUUAAUGUUGAAACAUUACAGACUGCCAACAUUACAAAAGAGGAAUAUAAUGAUGUUUUAAAAAAUAUUCAAGAGGCAAUUGACACUUUGCACACUAAUGAUAUUGUUUUUGGUGACUUACAUAGUUCAAACAUAAUGAUAGAAAAGGUUCAUGGAAAGUUACAAGUAAUGCUUAUAGACUUUGACUGGGCUGGAAUACAUCAAAAAGAUUGUUAUACACCUAUAAUUAAUCCAGAAAUUAAAUGGGCAAGUGGGACUGAAGGAAAUGCUUUAAUGCACAAAGAUCAUGAUUUACACUGGCUAGA